GAAGAAGCCUCAGCAGUGGAAGAGCUACUGAAUCCACUAUUUUCAAACACUGACAAGCCUGAAAGGAGUCUGAGCAUGGGGAGUCCAGGUCGUGAACACAUGGGCUGCACUGCACACUCGCCUCUGUACAUCACUCACCCCCACACUAACCCCUGGUUGGAAGAGGCGGAGGACAUCAAACCGCCCCGUGGUUUGCUGGGGCUCCCUGAGGUCAGCUGGCCGGGGAUCUACGUCCCCUGCUACGACAGAUUAGCCAUGGAGGAGAACCCCUGGGUGCUAGGGAUGACAGAGCCCCCCGCUCUUGCUGCUCUUCCCUCCAGGACUCCGGAGGUGAGCCCCCCUGCACCCAGCCAAGCCCAGGACUCCUCUUCUGAGGUGGAGGGUCAGGUGGAGGAGCGCUGUCUGGAGCAAGUCCGGACCAUGGUGGUGGGAGAGGUGCUGAAAGAUGUUGACACAGCCUGCAAGCUGCUCAACAUUGUUCCAGAUCCUUUAGACUGGAGCUGUGUGCAUGUUCAGAAGUGGCUGCUCUGGACCGAGCACCUGUACAAGCUGCCACAAGUCAGCACGAUGUUUCAGGAGCUGACCGGGAGGGAUCUGUGCUCCAUGACAGAAGCACACUUCAGACAACACUCCUUGCAGUUUGGAGAUGUGCUGUACGCUCAUCUGGACAUCUGGAGAUCUGCUGCAGCGAUGAAGGAGCGCUGUCCACCAGAGGACAGUAAAUCUGCAGCUGAUGAUGAUUCCUGGUCAGAUGUGAUGUGUAACUACCCCAGCCAGCCCAUCCACCUGUGGCAAUUCCUUCAAGAGCUUCUCCUCAAGCCGCACAACUACAGCCGCUGCAUCCGCUGGCUCAACAAAGAGAAAGGAAUUUUCAAAAUAGAAGACUCAGCUCAUGUGGCCAGACUGUGGGGCAUCAGGAAGAACCGCCCAGCUAUGAACUAUGACAAACUGAGUCGCUCUAUACGCCAGUACUAUAAGAAAGGAAUCAUUCGGAAGCCUGAUGUUUCCCGUAGACUGGUCUACCAGUUUGUCAACCCUGUAUGA